CGCCUCGAAGGAGGGACUCAGUGACAGGUUGCCUGUCGUAGAAGACACGCUGCCGUGACUCACGCCGACCACACUCAGCGGAAGUCUCGUGCGUGGUUGAUCCUGGCCGGCGAGGAACAAGAGAGGAGGACAGUCGAUAACUGUGUCCCCAUAUAUUGCAGGCAUAAUCAAAAGGGACCCUACACGAAACCAUGUCGGGGGUAAAAAAAAGAAACUCGAAUUCCUCGUUAAGCAAGGAGGAGGACCCGCAAGUCACGGAGAAGAUGCUGGGGAGCCCCGAAAACACCGCCGUCCGGGAUGACAAAGGCGAGGAAACUGUCGCCUUACGUCGAACCAUCACACUGAUGAACGGCGUGGCCAUCAUCGUGGGCACCAUCAUCGGCUCGGGCAUCUUCGUCACGCCGACCGGCGUGGUCAAGGAGUGCGGCUCCGUGGGCUUGUCCCUGGUGGUGUGGACUGUGUGCGGGGUCUUCUCCACGGUGGGGGCGCUGUGUUACGCCGAGCUGGGGACCACCAUCUCCAAGUCCGGAGGGGACUAUGCCUACAUCCUUGAGGUGUACGGCUCCCUGCCGGCUUUCCUCAAACUCUGGAUCGAGCUGCUCAUCAUCCGGCCGUCUUCGCAGUACAUCGUCGCCUACGUUUUCGCCAAGUACCUCCUCAAGCCCAUAUUCCCCGUGUGCCCGGUACCGGAGGACGGGGCUAAGCUUGUGGCUUGCCUUUGCAUUCUCUUAUUGACCUUUGUGAACUGCUACAGCGUGAAGGCAGCAACCAGAGUUCAGGACUUCUUCGCUGUGUCCAAGCUACUGGCUCUUGGCCUGAUCAUCAUCAUCGGCUUUGUCAAGAUCGGUCAAGGUGGCACUGAUUCACUUCUCCCCGAAAAUUCCUUUGAGGGCUCCAAAUACGAGUUUGGCAACAUCGGUCUGGCACUCUACAGUGGCCUGUUUGCUUAUGGAGGCUGGAAUUACUUGAAUUUUGUCACGGAGGAGAUGAUUGAACCUUACAAAAAUCUUCCUCGAGCCAUUAUCAUCUCUUUGCCAAUUGUGACAGCAGUUUAUGUUCUCACCAACCUGGCGUAUUUCACCACCCUCUCAACCGAUGAGAUGCUCAACUCGGAGGCUGUGGCUGUGGAUUUUGGCAACAGGCACCUGGGUGUGAUGGCUUGGAUCAUCCCAGUGUUUGUGGGGUUGUCCUGCUUUGGCUCUGUCAAUGGUUCUCUCUUCACAUCAUCAAGGUUAUUCUUUGUGGGCUCCCGGGAAGGUCACCUCCCCUGUCUGCUGUCAAUGAUCCACCCAACCCUGCUGACCCCACUUCCUUCUCUAAUAUUCACAUGUAUAAUGACACUGCUUUACGCCUUCUCAAAUGACAUCUUCUCCAUCAUCAACUUCUUCAGCUUCUUCAACUGGCUCUGCAUCGCAUUGGCAAUUGUUGGGAUGAUGUGGCUCCGUUAUAAGAAGCCUGAGCUAGAAAGACCAAUUAAGGUGAAUAUCUUGCUCCCGGUAACGUUUGUGCUCGCAUGCCUCUUCCUUAUCAUCGUAUCCUUCUGGAAGACUCCGAAGGAGUGUGGGAUUGGUUUUGGCAUCAUUGCCACUGGUCUGCCCGUCUACCUCUUUGGUGUGACAUGGAAGAACAAACCCAAGUGGCUGCUGAAUGGAAUCUUCUCAACCACGGCCUUUUGCCAGAAAGCAAUGCAGGUGGUGCCUUAGGAGUCCCGAGUCCUCCGAUAAACAGUGGCCUCCAAGCUCUGAUGUCACAGCUCAUCAAUGCUGAGCCCUGCUGAUGAUCUAAUUUCGUUGAUGUGCGCACACACACACACACGCACACACACACGCACACACACACACACAAACACACAGACCGGUUUAUGUGUUUUGUGGGGACCACAUUUUAGUUCAUCACUUUUCGGGACCACCCUUUCCAAAUGACAAACAGCUCUGCACACACACACACACACACACACACACGCGCACACACACACACACACUCUCUCUCUCUCUCUCUCUCUCUCUCUCUCUCUCUCUCUCUCUCUCUCUCUCUCUCUCUCUCUCUCUCUCUCUAUCUCUCUCUCUCUCUCUCUCUCUCUCUCUCUCUCUCUCUCUCUAUCUCUCUCUCUCUCUCUGUCAUGAUGAAGACCACAUCCAGCAGGGGUGUGAAGUACUGUACUUCAGUGUACAACUUUUGUCCACUGCAGUGUUGAUCUCCAUUAGUCACUGACAAAUCUGCACUUAUGUCGUUAUAUUCUUCUCUGGUGUAUUUUGUUCUUUGUAGUGCCAUUCAUUCAUUCAUUUUGUGUCUAGGACUGUGUAGCAAAUGAAAACAUUGGCAGGAAGACAUAGAAACAAAACAUAAAACCCUGCUGUGAGUUUAGUUUCUUUUUAAACCAAUUUUUUUUUUUUUAGUAUUGGUCUUCUGUUUAAGAAUGUUUGUUUAACCACUUGUGGGUAGUGGAGUGAACCUUGGGCGUCCAAAUCUGGUCCUCGAGGGCCACUAUCCUGCAUGUUGUUAGAUGUUUCCUUCCUCCAACACACCCGAUGAUCUGCUUGUGAAUCGGGUGUUUAGGAGGAAGGAAACAUCUAGAACAGGGUUGCCCAACCUUUUUUGACCAAAGAUCUACUUUUCGAUCAACCAACCUCCCGCGAUCGGCCCGUUACCACGGCUCCUCAGAUGAACGAAACAGAAAAAUAGACAGUAUACACAAGAGUUGGUGAGUUUAUGAAAAGCAAAUAACUGCCUACCUUAGUAGAGACAUGACACGGAGGCAUGGGACGCACUUUUGCCCCUUUGGUGAAUUGUACAUGAAACAAACUCUGAAUGAGAAUAAUGCGAACAAUAAAAGACGUAGCGCAAAAUCUUGGAUCGCAAGCUGCAAUUCCAGACUGCUGACCGCCGACAACUUCCGGUGACACAGGUCACGCAGAACCGUAGGUUAACGGUGACCUACUUAUUUAUUUUAUGUUGAAAAUACUUUUUGGUGAAAGUGAGACUGACAGGAUGUUAAGGGUGUCGUGUGCACGCACACAAAAAUAUAUCACAUUAAUAACAUGCACACAGACACACAUGUUUUUUUUUAAUUUGUUUUUUUUUUCUCCCCCUACAUACCUCGUGUUUGACUUGGGACCCGUCUGCGAGCUACCGGUCGAUCGCGAUUGACGUAUUGGGCAUCCCUGAUCUAAAAAAUACAAUAUACCGGCUCUCGAGGACCAGAUUUAGAGUAAACCUUUUGGAGUAAACCUUUGAUUUGCUGUUUUGUGUCCCAAUGUGUAUUACCAUGGUUUGCAGACUAUUGAGUCACACCCACAAAAUUGAAAACAGAAAAAGAAUUUUGUUUAGAAGUGGGUCACCUCGGACACACACGGUAAACAUCGGAGGUGGUCGUGCAUAUCCAGGGCGUUUUUUUUUUCUUUUCGUUUUUAGGACGUGGUCUCACAUCAGGGUGCAGCUUGCUCGAUCGUGGACCCGAUCGCACAGCUAUCGUUGCUUCCUUCCCCUCUGAAAAUUGAGACACUCUUUCAUUCUUGUGAAGGUGCACAACCAGUGGCCAAGGAGUGAAAAUAUUGGUGGCAUGAAGCCUUAGUCUGUGAAACUCCAUAAAUUAGUCACAUCAUUUUUUUUAAGCAGCAGCGCUCAAAGCGUGUGUUGUGCCACCUUAUAGUCUGGAAAUUACGUGACAUACAAAAAGGAUCCAUUGUGCAGUCUCUGAGUCAGUUGAUGGAAUGAGCCACUAAACAUGCCUUAUAAAAGUCAGGUAAUACGGACGUAAGACAUAUUACAUGUUUGUUCGGAAUCACCACCAAAAUGUUAAGCUCAUGUUUUCUGUUCCGUUCUUCAUAUUUUAAAAAUAUUUGUGUGCGCGAGUCGGUUUUUAUUUCCUUGACAUCAAUGUUCGGAGAGGUCGAUAGACAAGAGCCUCAUAUGCGUCAUUUAUGUUGUAAAUGGUUUUAUCUUACACUGAGCGGGGGAUAGUUGACACAAAUGAUGACUUCCUGGUUUGUCUUGUCCUCAUCAGUUUUGAAAAUCUGAGUGUCAUUUAAGAUUGCUAGACUCAAGCUGUUUCUCAACCUUUAGACAACUAAGAAAAUGUUGUUUUAGUGUUCCUAAUGAUGGUCAACAAUGGUCGCCAUGUAGACAGCGUUGGAGAAGGAAAAGCGUUUUCUUUUCUUUUUUUCUCUGUCUUUUAAGUCGAACCCUGCAGCCAUCGUGAGAAGCUGAUGGGGGAACUAACUUGUUUUGGACUGUAGAUAUUUUAUUUAUUUAUUUUCUAGAAAACACUGUUGGUUAGUAUUAAUCUACUUUGUUUACAGUGCAUUUGAUAGAAAAUGCUUUUCAAAUAAAUAUCGAGUUGUCGUUGUCUUUUUUUCU